AUGACCACCAGGGAGGAGAUUGCAGGCUGGACCAAUCUGACGGAGCCCAGGAUCAGGGUGAGCGGAGAGCUGUGUUGAGACAGGCAGCAAGUGUAAUUAGAGAUGCAAAAGCUGGGGUGGGGGGUUAGAAAAAAGCAACACCCCAUUCCCCCCCAAGCCUUGUCUCUCAUUUUUCCAAUUGAAAAACUGAAAAUUUGGGGGAACAUGAAGAGGGGGGGACAUGAAAUAUUGUCUCUCUUACAAUAAGUGAAAUGCUAAUGCACAAUUAUUGCAUCAGCGACAUGCUGCAGAAUACGUCUGCAAAAAACAAACACCAGACUGGAGGGGCCUCUAGAAAUUGCUGGGGCAGGGCAGGAGUGAGGUCUGGGCAAUGCAGUUGCACUAAUGGGAGCACCAAGUUGGCAGCUGUGGCGCUUCUGCUGGUGUAGGCAGCUUUUAGUCACUCAGAAUGUGUGGUGUGAAUAUUGUCUCCCAUAAAAAGCUACAGCAUUAGAGAAUAAUAAUUCAUGCUAUGCUGUAGGCAUCAUAUUUAAAUGGCGGUCCAACCUCAGGCAUGCUUGGAGGAAACUGAUUACUUGGAUCCAUUCCAGUGGCUUCAGCACUUGCCAGGUCACUGAAACUGCCUUGGCUACCCUGGUUGAUGGCAUUUGUUGAGAGAGAAACAAAGGCAGUGUGACCCUGCUCAUUCUCCUUGGCCCACCAGCGGCUUUUGAUACUGCUGACCAUGGUAUCCCCCUGGAGCACCUCUGGGAGGUGGGGAUUGGAGGCACUGUGCUUCAGUGGUUCCACUUCUACCUCCAGGGCCAUUUCCAGAAAAUAGCUAUGGGAAGCUGCUGUUCAGCACCAAGGGAACUGACCUGUAGUGUCCUGCAGGGUUCCAUAUUUCCUUACCUGCUAUUCAACAUCUAUAUGAAGCUGCUGGGAACUAUCAUCAGGAGAUUUGGAGUGAGAUGUCAGAUAAAUGGAUGACAUCCAGCUCUAUCUCUCUGUCCCAUUUGAAUCAGGAGAGGCAGUGAUGGAAUGAAUGUGGGUCCAUAAACUGAAGCUGAAUUCUGAAAAGAGAAAGGUGUUGUGUGUCCCAAGUUCUCACACCUGGGAGAUGGAGUUGCGCACUCUUGCAAUGAGCAGGUCUGCACUGGGCUCCUGGGUUCAGCUCUGUCCCUGGAGGUUCAGAUGGCUUCAGUGGCUAGGAGUGCCUUAUUCCACCUCUGCCUGAUCUACCAACUAUGAUGCCUAUUGGAUAGAAAUGUCUCGGCCACAGUAUUCCGUGCUCUGGUAACUUCCAGUCUGGAUUAUUGAAGAUGACUCAGAAACUUCAAUCAGUCCAAAAUGCUGAGGUUCCAUUUAGAGCUCACAGACUCCUGUUUAAAAACAGCUGCAUUAGUUGCCAGUUCAUUUUCAGGUCCGGUUUAUGGUGUUCACAUUAGUGUUUAAAUCCCUAAAUGACUAAGCCUUGAGUCCUAUCAGGAAAAAAGGUGGGGUAUAAAUGAACAAAUAAAAAUAUAUAUAAAUACUUGUACAGAGGUACCUUGGUUCUCAAACUUGAUCCGUUCUGGAAGUCCGUUCCAAAAAGUUCUAAAACCAAGGUGUGCUUUCCUAUAGAAAGUAAUGCAAAAUGGAUUAAUCUGUUCCAGACUUUUAAAAACAACCCCUAAAACAGCAAUUUAACAUGAAUCUUACUAUCUAACGAGGUCAUUGAUCCAUAUAAUGAAAGCAAUAAACAAUGUACUGCAGUCACACAAUCAGUCAAUCGAUCAGUAGCUGAACUGGGUUCCACACAGAUACAAAAACAGAACAAAAAAGCCGCAAAAUAGCAAAAACAGACAGACCUCAGCGUAACAUUCAAAACAGAAGUGUGGCACUCAAAUCAGAAGUGUAACACUCAAAAUGGAGCUUGUUUGGCUUCUGAAAAAAGUUUGUAAACCAGAACACUUACUUUCGGGUUUGCAGUGUUUGGGUUCCAAGUUGUUUGAGUACCAAGGUGUUUGAGAACCAAGGUACCACUGUAUACUGCAGUUUCAUAAAACAUAUCAGUGUGGUUUUCUACAAUUCCAUAUGCACAAUAAAAAACUAUCUCAAUGUAAACUUGUAAAUGUAUUUUAUCCUAAAAUGCACAUUCAUAAGGCAUUUUUGUAUGUUUUUGAGCCACAAAUAAUACCACAAAAUCUAGAGAAGUACUAAAUCUGAACAAUAAUUUUGUAUCGGCCAGUUUAUUUGUUUGAGGAACGAAUUAAGUCAGUUUGAUUAAAAAUGUGGACAAAAGGAAAUUCUUAAUCAGUUCACUCAGCCACUGAAUUUUACGGACCACUGCAUUGGAGAGUAGAAUUUUCCUUUCUGCUUCUUUCUUCCUUUUUCUCCCUCAAGGUUUGGUUUAAGAAUCGCAGAGCCAAGUGGCGGAAAAAGGAGCGUCACCAGCAGACAGAGCUCUGUAAAGGGCCGUUCAGCUCCCAGCUCAACGUCUUGACAAGGAACCCAUAUGAGGACCUUUACCCGACCUACACCUACAGUACCUGGGCUCCCAAGGGGCUGCAUGCCAACCCCAUCCAAAGCAAAGGGUUCCAGUUCUUCAACUCCGUGAACAUCAAUUCCUUUCCACCCCAAGGUGUGUUCCCAGCAGCUUCAGCAGCCUCCACAUCUGGUGUCCCAUCUCUGGAAACCUUCAACAGCCUGGCAAGCCCUUCUGGGCCUCCCAGUUCACCGUAUGGACCGAGUGCCUCACAAUUCUUGUACAGAGACCCCUGCAACUCAAGCCUGGCUGGUUUGAGACUCAGAGCAAAGCAGCCACAGGCCCCCCUCAACUAUGGUUCUCCUCAAAAUCCAGCCUUGGGCCCCAGCUCCAGCCACUACAGUUUGGACAGGCCAGUGUGA